UUCCUCUAAAGGGACACCUUAUGCCUCUAGUUUUGUUUUUGAACAUACAAGUACAUAUGUGUGUGAGUGAACGUAUACAUGAGUGAGGGAGCCACAAUCUGUUCAAGCCAUGGCAGAGCUUGGAAAUCUUUUGGGACAGUGAGCUGAGCCUGCCUGGGCUAAGAGGAGCAGUUGACUCCUCUUACUGGACGUCUUUAAUGGACAGGAACCAAGAGGAAAUGAAAAAGGGGGUGGGAAUGGGGGUGGAAAUAGAGACUGGGAGGAUCAGUGCUUCUAUACGUGUAUUGAAACAAUAGAAAACGCCUGAAGAGGACUGUGCUAAUUUAUCAAAUCCUAAAUACCAAUCUCUACCACCAACUUAAGCCAAAAGCUUUUGGGGUCCUUUCUCUUUAACCAAGUAGAAAGUUUCUUGAGAAAACCAGCCUGCUGUGUCCCCAGCUGUGAUUGGUCUAGAGCCUGCUCUGCCCUCAGGGGGGCCAUUGUGAUGUCAUUCCAACUGCCUUAACAGUUCCCUGCUUGGGCUCGGUUCUGGUCAGUUGGCCCAGGAAGCUCUGUGGAGACUGCCUGAAGGAUUGGACGACAUCACUGGUUUUCCCUUGUCCUGUCAUUUGUGGUGUUGUCUUGUCUGGUCUAUUAGUUCUCUUUACCGUAGUGGUUCUUUUAGUAUUUCUUCUAUUUAGUUUUCUUUUUUUGCUAUUUUUUCAAUUUCUCUCCCCCUCCCAUUUUUACAUUGUGUGCUUGUGUAUUUUCUUUAAAUAUUUAUUUAUUAAUUUUUUGUUUUUUCUUUCACAGGCUAAAUGUACUUGAUGCUGUGUUCAUUUGUCCUUCUUGUGUUUCCUCCGUUGUCUAUUUUCUCAUUUUUUAAUCCUGUGAUUUAGAUAAGACUGUUAUAAGACUUAUUGAUUAGCAUUGUUACCAUAGUUACCAUAGUUGGUGUUGCUUUCCUUCACCAUUUUUAGUAUUCUGUGUGUUUUAUAACUUUUAAUUCUUAAUUUUGAUACAGUGUUAGUGAUUAGUAUACCAUAGUUCAUAGAGUUAGCAUUCUCUAGUAGAAAUAUUAGCAUAUUGAGUUGUUAAUUUUGGUUACCAUUUAGCUUGUUUGAUUUCUGUUUGUUUCCCAGUUUUUGUUACUACUUUAGGUGACUUGUAAGUGUUCCCAGUGUCAGAGUGCAGGGUGGGGGUGGGGUGGGGAUCCCACCAUGGAAGGCCUCACCGCCUUCACCAGUGAGGAGGAGGUCCUGGAUGGGUACCAGGUCCUCAGGGUCCUCGGCCAGGGCGGUUUUGGGCUGGUGAUCCUGGCCUAUCAUUGGGAAAGCAGGACCCAGGUGGCUGUGAAGGUUGUGGAGAAUGGUGGCCAGCACUCCUGCAGCUUCCAGCAGUUGUGCACAGAAGCAAAAAUAAUGAAGGGGCUGCAUCACCCUCACAUCAUUCAACUACUGCAGGCCAGGCACACCACAGAGAGGGGCUACAUUUUCAUGGAGUGCGCAGUCAGGGGGGACCUUAGAUGUUACAUGGUAGAACGAGGGUACCUACUGGAUGGAGAGAUUCGUCAGCUAUUUAAACAAAUUCUAUCUGCUGUGCAUUACUGCCAUUCGCAGCACGUGGUGCACAGGGAUUUAAAGUUAGAAAACCUGCUUCUCGACGCCCACCUAAACAUUAAGUUGAGCGAUUUUGGUCUCAGCUGCAAACUGGCUGGUGGAGAGCGCCUGAAGAAUCUGUGCGGGACCUUUGCAUACUGUGCGCCCGAGGAAUUCUUAGGUGAGGAGUUCUGCGGGUACAAGGCUGAUGGCUGGAGUGUGGGCGUGAUCCUGUACGCCAUGGUGGCAGGCUCACUGCCUUUUGUUGGAGAGGAUUUUGUGGAGCUGCGGGCAGCCAUCCUGUCUGGAUACUACAGAAUCCCCCACUAUGGAAACCCAGAGCUGUGUAACCUGGUGGACAGCUUACUGACCCGGGACCCUGAGGCCAGGCCCACAGUGGCAGACAUCAUGGGCCACCCAUGGCUCCAUGCAGGACAUGGAGCAGCUGGAACCAGUGACGAGUUUCUGUUUCUUCCACAGGAGCAGGAAGGAUGGGAAUUCCCAUGGGGCCUCUGCCCUCCACUGUGGCUUCAUGAAUGGGAUGACCCCUUGCCCCCUGUGCCAUGCUGGGGGAUCUCCCAACAGCAGGGCUUCAGCAUCCCAGAAAUACAUGGGCAGAGCCAAGUGGAGCCUGCAGUACCUCCUCAGGGUCCUGAAGCUCUAAGCUCCCUUGAGGACCUGGGAUUCCAGCUGGGCCAUCAAGCAGGCUCCCUGCCACCCAGGCUCCAAGCCAGUGCCUUGUGCCCAGGACUUCAGCAGGAUCACAGCAAAGGGAAGCCCAUGCCUCAGGCCAUCCCCGGUGCUCAGAGCUGUCCCAUUCUCCAGUGCCUCCAGGGACACUCAGGCUGCAACAGCAGAGCCCGUGAGUGUGCUGCUCUCAGCUCCCAACCACUGGUGCUUGCAGAAGGCCAGUCGGGGCAGACUCCUUGCCAUGGGACUCCCAGUGUGAGCAGCAGUGAGUCCUGCAGGACAGACAGGUCCCAACGGGCCGUGUGGACAAGGAGCCCCGCUGCCUGUGCAGUCCUCAGCCAGGAUGCUCUGUCCUCUCUCUCCACCACACUGAGCACCAGCAGCAGUGAGGCUGAUGUGGAAGUCAGGAGCGGCUCCCAGGGUGCCUCAGAGGAACAGAGCAUCCCAGGAAUGCAGCAGCAGGAGAAGGAGACAGGGACCUCAGACACGCAGGCCAGAAAGGGCAAGGGGCGCCUGGGGAUUGGCAGGAGGGUCAUCCAAUGCUUCAGCUGGAUGUGUUGUGUCCUGCCAGCCCCAGAGGAAAGCCCUUGAGUGCAGAGAGGAAAGUGGCCUCUUAGUAGCCUCUUGGGAAAUGCCCCAGAGGUGGGGCCCUUCCCAGAGGAGUGAAGCAAUGAAGGGUAGUCAUGGACUCCUGACUGGGAGGAGCGCAGGUGAGGAGGCAGUAAGAGAAACUGCAGGCAGAGAGGGAAGAUAUUGUUGCAUUUUUCAGAUGGCCAUAAGGAAACUUGUUUGCAUGGUUAGGGGUCAUGACCUUUUCCUAAGAUAGAAGAACAUGGUGUUCCAUUUUGUUUAGAAUUGAUCCAUGAACAUCACUCCCUAGUUAAACUUCCUGUACCCAGCCCUUAUUGGGCCCCUCCCUUAGUCCCCCUUCUGGCUGGCAGGGGUGUCAUUUUCUCACAAAAACCUACUUUUGCUUUUUCUCCCCCACCCUCAUGAUCCGUGUUGGGAUUAUGUGAGAGAGAGAAUGGACUUGAACUUCCUGCAGCAUCGUUGGUGCCGUGACGUGGAUGGACUCAGCUCCAUGGGAAAGGUGAGUAAGGCAGACUGCUUCUCUGGUGUUUGGAAAACCCCUGAUCUUCUACAUACUCAUUUAUCUUUUAGAUUCCCCAGGUCUCUGAGCCAGUUCAAAGCGAUUGGUGUGGGAUGCUGGUUGUAAGAUACAGGGCCCACGUUGGAUGACACUCUUUGUCCUCCUGCCACAUUAUUCUGCCUUUGAUUAUUGCCUGCAUUCUGUGCUCAGGUGGCUCUCUACCCUGGGAAUUCUUCUCACCCUGAGUUUCUUUCUCCAAGCCCAAAUUCCCAGGUCCCUGGAUGAGAAACUCCUGCGACACUUAGAGCUCCUAGAUCUGAUCUGAGGAGCCUGCAUUGCAGACUGAGGUGGCCUCUCCCAUUGAGCUGUCUUCCUGUGUGCCCCAAAGAACUCAGGACCCACAUGUCUGGGAAGAAGUCACCUGGCACCUUAACUCGUGCCCAUGCUUUCCGUUUUCCUGCCCAGGGUUUUCUUUGGCAAACAACAUGUUGGAAGUCAUUCCUGCCCAGAGCCAUGCUCUUAAAGGUGACUCACAGGGGAAAUUUCUAUCGUCAUGCCACACCCAUGUUCCCCCUCUGCACAUUCAACAGUCCUGCAGCAAGGACCACUUGCCCACCCUCCACACUUGGGCAACAAGAGAGUUAGUUGAGACCCCCUUUGUAGAGCCUCAUUUCCAAGUUCAGACAUGAUACAGGGACAGCAGGAGUGACAGAGGACUGAGGCAAUGACUGCUAGGGACUGCGAGAACCCCAAAGACUCAGUGACUUCUGGGAGAAUGGGGGGUCCUAAAACUCGGAUGCUGGGGGGGGGCGAGGAAGGAGGAGGCAGCUGCUAGGGUCCACGUGGUGACCUAGUGAUGCAGUGGCAGUGGGAGUGCCCAGGGAAGGAGCUGGUGGGGCCUGGGGACCGUGUGGUGGGGCCUGGGGGCUGCACAGAGGGCUCAGAUAACCACAGGGGAGCCCAAGAAGAAGUAGGAAGAAUCCUCACGCAAUCAUAGGGAGGCUGCUGGGGACCGUGCUGGGGGCCCCAUGAUGGGUGGCUCCUGGUGGCUGCACUGGGGCACAAAGACGUGGCUUCACUGGGUGUGCCUGAGGAAGCAGGAGGCAGCCAAGGCAGGCCAUGAAGUGGUAGGUGCUGGGGAACUGUGUGGGGUGCCCAAUGCUGCUCCUGGAUGGGGAAGAGGAGAGCAGGGCCUGGCCCUGGAGAUUGAGGAGGAGAGUAGGGUCUGGCCCUGGUGGGUGAGGAGGGGAACAGGGUCCAGCCCUGGAGGGCAGCAAGUUGAGCUGGGCCCAGGCUCUGGUUUCAAGGUGGGGAGCAGGAUCCAGGCCUGGAAGGUGACGAGCAGAGUGGGCCCAGGCCCUCGAAUGCGAGGAGCAGAGCAGGGCCUGCCCGGGAGGUGAGGAGGGUAGUGGGGCCUGGCCCUGGAGGGAAGCCCUGAAGUGGGGCCCAGGCCCUGGAGUGUGAAGGUUGGAGUGGGGCCCAGGUUCUGCAGGGCAAGGAGAGGUGCGGGACCCAGGCCCUGGAAGGCCAGGAGCAGAAUAGGGCCUGGCCCUGAAGGUGAGGAGGGAAGCGGGGUCUGGCCCUGGAGGGAGGCUAGGGAUGGGCCUGUGGGGAGAAAGGCCUGGCUCUGGAGGGGGAGGAGGGGAGCAGGCCCAGACCAAGGGUGUGAGGAGGCUUUCGGUGCCAGCACUGGAGUAUAAGGAGGGGAACACUGGCCCUGGAGGUGAGGAGGGGAACAGGGUCUGGCCCUGGAGUGAGGCCAGGGAUGGACCUGAGGGGAGCAGGGCGUGGCUCUGUAGGGGAGGAGGGGAGCAGGGUCUGGACUUGGAGGGUGUUGAGGUUAGUGGGGCCCAGCCCUGGAGGACAUGGAGAGGAGUUGGGCCAGGCCUGGUGGCUGGCUAGUGCCGUGCCUGAGGGGAGCAGGGCCCAGCUCUGUAGGGCACGAGAGGAGGAGCGGACCAGCCCUGGAGGGUGGACAGGGCUGGGCCUGAGAGGCAAAGGGUCCAACCCUGCAGGGUGAGGAGGGGAGCAGGGCCCAGCCCUGGAAUGUGGUGAGGGGAGCAGGGCCUGGCCCUGAAGGACAGCAACGGGAGCUGGGCCCAGGCCCUGGUGGGCAACUAGGGGAGUGGGGCCCAGGCCCUGGAGGACAAGGAGAGUGGGGCAGCCCUGCUGGGUGUCUAGUGCCACACCUGAGGGGAGCAGGGCCUGGCUCUGUAGGGCAUGGAGAAGAGAAGGAGCCCAGCCCUAGAGGGUGGCCAGGGCCCUGCCUGAGGGGAUCAUGGCCCUGGAGGGCAAGGAGGAGGGAGGGGCAUGUCACUGGAGCAUGGCCAGGGCCCUGCCUGUGCUCUGGAGCCUAUGUCCUGUUGCCUGUGACCUGUGUCCUGAAAUCUGUCCUGAGUCCUGUAGCCUAAGUCCUUUAGCCUGUGUUCUAUGUUGUGUAGCCUGUGUCCACUGUCUUGUAGCCUGUGGCCUAUGUAUGCAACCUGUGUCCUGUGGCCUCUGUCCUCUAGCUGGUGUCCUAUGUCCCCUAGCCUGUGGCCUGUGCAUUGAUCCUGUGUCCUGUGUCCUGAGCCUGUGGCCUGUGUCCUAUAGCCUGUGGCCUGUAGUCUUUGUCCUAGAGCUGGUUUCUCUUUGUAGUAGCCUGUGUCCUGUAUACUGAAGCCGGUUUCUUGUAGCCUGUGGACAAUGUCCUGUAGUUUGUAGCCUGUAGCCUGUAGCCUGUGCCCUGCAUCCUAUCUUGUGGCCUGUGGCCUCUGUCUUGUGUCAUGUAGCCUGUGUCCUGUAGUCCAUGGCCUAUGUCCUGUAGCUGUGGCCUUUGUCCUGUGGCCGAUGUGCUGUAUGCUGUGGUGCAGGAUAUUGGACACGGCUACAGAACACAGCUUACAGGACACAGGACAGAGGCCACAAACCAAAGGCCACAGGUGACAGGAUUCAGGGCAUAGUCAGAGGACACAGGACACAGGAUAGAGGACACAGAAUACAGAACCCAGGACACAGGCUAGAACACAGGCUAUGGGAUAUAGGUUGACGCUACAGAACACAGGAUCCAAGACAAAGGACACAGGCUACAGGACACAGGAUACAGGACAUAGGACCCAGGCUGCAGGGCAAAGAAGAGAGGCUACAGGACAUAGGCUAUAGGACACAGAACACAGGACAUAAGAUACAGGCUAUGGGACACAAGACACAGGACACAGGACAUAGGACACAGGCAACUGGACAUAGGACACAGGACACAUACUACAGGACAUUGUCCACAGGUACAAGACACUGGCUUCAGUAUACAGUACACAGGCCACAGCAGAGAGGAAGUCAGCCCUAGGACAAAGACUAUAGGCCACAAGCUCAGGACACAGGACACUGGCUCAGAACACAGGACACCAGCUAUAGGACAGAGGCCACAGAACACAGGAUGCAUACAUAGGCCUGAGGCUACAAGACAGUGGACACAGGCUACACACCAUAGAACACAGGAUACAGGAUACAGGACAUAGACAAAAGGACAUAGGCCACAGACUACAAGACAAAGAUAAACGCCACAGAACAGAGGCCACAGACUACAUGACACAGGACACAGGCUAGACCACACAGUGUGAGGCAACCACUCAGGACACAGGCUAGAACACAGGCUAUGGACAAGGAACAGGAUAUGGAACACAGGAUACAAGACAUAGGACACAGGACACAUACACAGGACAGAGGCUAAAGGACAAGGACACAGCAACAUCACACAGGAUACGGGACAUAGGCUAUAGGAAAGAGGACAAAGGAAAUAGACUACCAGACACAAUACACAGGCUACAGGACCCAGAACACAGGACAUAGACCACAGGACACAGGCUACAGCACAGAGGGCACUGGCUACAGGACACAGGACAUAGUCCAGAUGACACGAGACACAGGAUAUAGGACACAGAAUACCGAACAAAGGACACAGGCUAUGGGACACAGGUUACAGGCUACAGGUUACAGGCUACAGGAGACAGGACAAAGGCUAAGAAACAUAGGACACAGGACACAGGCUACAGGACACAGGGACAGGCUACAGGACACAGGACACAGGCUGUACAACAUAGGACACAGGUCACAGGACAGAGGCUCAGGACAGAGGCUAUGGGACACAGGACAGAGCUAUAGAACAAAGGAUACAGGCCGCAGGCUACACGACACAGGACACAUCCUACACGACACAGGCUGAAGGAAAGUGGGAACAAGACACCAGACACUGGCUAUAGGAUAGAGUGUCCUGUAGCCUGUGUCCUGUAGCCACUGUAGCCUCUGGCCUGUGUCCUGGAUUGUGUAGCCUGUGUCCUGUCUCUUGUAGCCUCUGUCCUGUGUCCUGUAGCUUGUCGCCUAUGUCCUUUGUCCUGCAACCCUUGUCCCGUAGCCUGUGUUCUCUAGGCUGUGUCCUGGGUUCCAUAUUCUCUGUCAUAUAUCCUGUGUCCUGUGUCGUCUGGGCUAUGUCCUGUGUCCUGUAGCUUGUGGCCUCUGUCCGGUAGCCUGUGGCCUCUGUCCUGUGACUUAUGUCACAGACUACCAGACACAGUACACAGGCUUUAGGACCCAGAACACAGGACAUAAGACACAGGCUACAGGACCCAAGACACAGGACAGAGGCCACAGGACACAGGACACAGGACAUAGCCCAGACGACACAGGACACAGGACAUAGAACAUAGAAUACUGAACACAGGACACAGGUUACAAGCUACAGGAUAUAGGCCACAGGACACAGGUUACAGGCUACAGGAGACAGGACAAAGGCUAAACAACACAGGACACAGGCUACAGGACACAGGGACAACUUGAGGACUCAGGAUAAGGACACAGGACCCAGGCUACAGGACUCAGGACAAACGCUAAAGGACGAAGACACUGGCUACAGGUCACAGGACACAGCUGCAGUGUACAGCACACUGGCCACAGGACAAAGGGCACAGCUACAGGAUAUAGGACACAGAUUGCAGUACACAGGACACAGGGUAGAGAACAUGAACACACCUGCAGCACACAGGCUACAGGAAACAGGCUACACAAGAUAGAACACAAGCUACAGCAUUCAGGGCAUUGGCCAGAGGAUACAGGACACAGGAUACAGGACACAGAACACAGAACCCAGGACAUAGGCUAGAACACAGGCUACGGGGCAUAGGUUACAUGCUAGACGCCACAGGAUUUAGAACACAGGAUACAAGACAUAGGACACAGGACACAGGACGCACGACAGAGGCUACAGGACACAGGACAUAUGAUACUCAAUGCAUACAUAGGCCACAGGCUACAAGACAGAGGAUGCAGGCUACAUGACACAGGCUGCAGGACACAGAAAACAAGACACAGGACACAGGCUAUAGGACAGGGGCCACAGACACAGGAAAAAGGCUGCAGGGCAUAGGCUACAGGCUACAGGAGACGGGCUACAGGACCCAGGAUACACAACAUAGGACACAGGGCACAGAUUACAGGACACUGGUUAAGGGAUACAGACUACAGGACAUAGGACACAGGCUGCAGGACACAGGACACAGCGUAUAGGACACAGGCUACAAGACACAGGAUACACGACACAGAAUACACAACAGGACACAGGCUACAGGACACAGACUGAAGGAAAGAGGGAGCAAGACACAGCCCACUGGGUAUAGGACAGAGGCCACAGGACACAGGACAAAGACUGCAGGCCAUGGCCACUGGAUACAGGACAUAGGACAAAGAAUUGAGGACAAAGGACACAUGCUACAGGGUAUAGGCCACAGGACAUAGGUCACAGACUAAAGGACACAGGCUGCAUGACAUAGAACAAAGGCCAAGGUCACAGGCCAGCGGCCACAGGACCUAGGCCCCAGAGCUCAGAGAACAGGCUACAGGACACAGCACACAGACUACAGGACAUUGUCCACAGGCUACAAGAAAUGGGCUUCAGGACACAGGCCACAGACUAGAGCAAAGAGGACACCAGCACUAGGACAAAAACUACAGGCCACAGGCUCAGGACACAGGACACAGGCUAGGGUCCCAGGACACCAGCUAGAGGACAGAGCACACAAGACUCAGGAUGUGUACAUAGGCCACAGGGUACAAGACACAGGACACAGGCUACACAACAUAGGACUCAGGACACAGGACAGAGGCUCCAGGACAGAGGCUAUGGGACACAGGACAGAGCUACAGAACACAGGAUACAGGCUGCAGGAUACACGACACAGAACACAGCCUACACGACACAGGGUGAAGGAAAGAGGGAACAAGACAACGGACACUGGCUAUAGGAUAGAGUGUCCUGUAGCCUGUGUCCUGUAGCCACUGUCCUGUGGCCUCUGGCCUGUGUCCUAGAUUGUGGAGCCUGUGUCCUGUGUCCGGUGGCCUCUGUCCUGUGUCCUGUAGCUUGUCGCCUAUGUCCUGUGUCCUGCAAUCUGUGUCCCGUAGGCUGUGUCCUCUAGGCUGUGUCCUAGGUUCCAUAUUCUGUGUCCUAUAUCAUGUGUCCUGUGUCAUCUGGGCUAUGUCCUGUGUCCUGUAGCCUGUGUCCUGUGUCCUCUGUCCUGUCUCCCGUAGCCUGUAGGCUGUGUCCUGUAGCCUUUAGCCUAUGUCCUGUAGCCUGUGGCUUCUGUCCUGUAGCAUGUGUCCUGUGACUUAUGUCACAAAGGACAAAGGCCAGUGCCUGAUCUCCUCCUCUCCCACCACUGGUUGAGCUGACACUUUCUUGUUGAGAAAAAUAAAGCAGAGGAAAAGAGAUAAUAUUGCGGGGAACCGAACCUUUUAUUCUGUAACAGGGUUAGUUUUAGAAAGGUCUCUAGACCUUGGACCUACAGGACACAAGACAUAGGACAUACGCAAAAGGACACAGUCUAUAGGACAAAGGACAAAGGCCACUUCAUGCUCACAGCCUCACUCUUGAGACCUCACCGAGCCAUGAGCAAUGUUUCAGAAUCAAAGCAGAGAUUGUCCCAGGUCCAGAGACCUUUCUGGAUCUAACCCUGUUACAGAAUAAAAGGUUUGGUUCCCUGCAAUAUUGUCUCUUUUCCUCCGCUUUAUUUUCUCAACAAGAAAGUGUCAGGUCAACCCUGGAGGGUGAGGAGGAGAGCAGGCACUGGCCUUGGAGGGCAAGGAGAGGAAUGGGGCCAAGGCCCUGGAGGGUGAGGAGGGGUGUGGGGUCCGGCCCUGGAGGGUGUUGAGGGGAGUGGGGCUGGGCCAUGGAUGGCAGCGUGGGGAGUGGAGCCCAAUCCCUGGAAGUCUAGGAGUGGAGCAGGUCCAGCCCUGGAGGGCCUUGAGGGCAGUGGGGUCCGGCCCUGGAAGGCAAGGAGGAGAAACAGGGUCCAGCCCUGGAGGGCAGCAAGCAGAGCGUGCCCAGGCCCUGCAGGGUGA